AUGGCGCGACGCCGUACCAGGGCCAAGGAGCCCAACCCUGUUGAGGCAGAAGAGCAUGACCCCAUGCAAGACGACAUCCCAGAGCCCGAGCCGGAACCAGCGUCCGCGUCCGCGUCCGAGGCCGAGCCGGAUCAUGUACCAGCUGGCGAUGACGACCAAGACCAAGACGACGACGUGGAGCAGCGCAGUCUCGAGUUCGACGACGAGCUGUCCUGGCGGCCGGCAAAGCCCAUCCCCAGCGCUACGCUGCUGGAUCGUCUCGAGAGGCUGUCCAAGGAGCUCGCCGAUUUCGAUCAGGGGGGCGUGCAAUUGGACUCGCUUAAACACGUCGCCACAAGCCUGGCGCAUCGCAACCUGCUGCAGCACAAGGAUCGAGGUGUCAAGGCCUAUACCGCCUGUUGUCUGGUGGAUAUCUUGCGUCUGUUUGUACCAGAAGCGCCAUUCACAGACGAUCAACUCAAGAUGAUCUUUACUCUUUUUAUCAAGGACAUUUUACCGGCCCUUUUCGACCCUACAAAUCCCUACAAUAGUCAGCACAAAUAUGUAUUGAUGUCUCUGUCUGACGUCAAAAGUAUACUGCUCCUUUCUGAAAUUCACGGUGCCGACGACCUCUUGUUGCGCUUGUUCAACUCGACCUUUGAUGGCGUGUCGACAAGCUCUAGAGCUUCCAAUGAGGAACAGGUUGCCAAGGACGUCGAGAUUGGCCUCACCGAGAUGCUCAUGGAGGUUAUUGACGAAUCCCCUGGCAGCAUACCCGCGACCGUCAUCGACGCCAUCAUCAGCCAAUUCCUCAGAGCAGCGCCACCGGGGGGUGGUCGCAGCAAGGAACAGAAUGGUAAACAGGCUACCCUGUUACAUAAAACCGAGCCUGCCGCCUACGUCAUGGCCAAGAACAUCUGCAAUGGCUGCGCCGAUAAAAUGUCUCGAUAUGUCAGCCAGUACUUUAGCGACGUCAUUCUCAAUGCCUCGAGAUUUGCUACCAAGAGUAAUGGCUUCCGCCAUGCAGAGGAGUCUGAUGAGGAAGACGGUCAUUCCGGUCCGUCAGAGGCGGAUUUGAAAAGCCUGCGGCAGGCUCAUAUGCUGAUCCGAGAACUUUGGCGAGCUGCUCCUACCAUUCUGCAAAACGUCGUUCCCCAGCUCGACGCCGAGCUGUCGGCCGACAAUGUUCACCUGCGAAUCAUAGCCACGGAGGCAUUUGGAGAUAUGAUUUCAGGCAUCGGAGCAGCAGGACCGCCAGCUCCUCCCACACUCGACCCUGCAGCCUAUCCACCCCUACGCCUGAUGGAUGAUGCAAUUGGUACCCCUCCAGUCAUUGACACAGAAACCAAUGCAUUGACAAGGCCAUACUCGCCGCAAUCGUUUGCUCAAACUCAUCACGCCACCUAUCGCAACUUCGUUGGCAGAAAGAACGACAAGGCAGGGACAAUUCGAGCUGCGUGGGUCACCGCUGCCGGUUACAUUCUGUCUACUUCCGCGGGAGGGAUUGGUUUGAGUAGGGAAGACGAAACAGAGCUGAUCAAGGGCCUGGUGGACAAACUGAAUGACAGCGAAGAAAAGGUGCGUCUGGCCGCCGUCAAGGCCAUUGAGCUUUUCACCUUUCGCGACGUCAUUCUGAAACUUGGCGUGACCGGCGGAGUAGAGAAGGAGGGGUCUAUAUUUGCAAGCUUGGCUGAUCGCUGCCGCGACAGAAAACCAGCGGUGCGUGUCGAUGCUAUGGUCUUGCUUGGAAAGCUGUGGGCGGUCGGCGCAGGAGAAAUCUCAGACGGUCAGGAGGCAGUAACGGCAUGCCUGUCCGGUGUGCCGUCUCGCAUCAUCAACGCAUUCUACGCCAAUGACCCCGACCUCAACGUCCUACUCGACCGGGUCUUAUUCGAGUGUCUUGUCCCCUUGAAGUAUCCUCUGGUCAAAGGGAAAGGCGGCAAGAGUGCUGCUGGCUCUCAGGGUAAGGGUGGCGUCACUGCUGCAGACCAGGACAGAAUUCGUGCUGAAAGGAUCCUUCUCAUGCUAAAGUCUCUGGAUGUGCCCGCACAAAAGGCCUUCUUCGCCAUGCAGGCCCGCCAACCACAGUUUGCAAAGGGCGUCGGUAUCUUUAUCCAACAGUGCGAAGCAUAUAAUGGAGGAGUCAUCGACGGGAAUGAGGACAAGGUCAAGACCAGCCUGUCCAAGACGUUCCAGUGGUUGGGCGGAUUCUUUCCAGAGCCAUUAAAGGUUCGCGGAGAUCUGCAGAAGUUUGCUAAACUCAACGACCGUCGAAGCUAUCAGCUAGUCAAAUACGCGAUCGAGUCCGAGAGCGACUUCAAAACUGUCAGACGAGCCAUCAGUGAGCUCAUUACCAAGCUGCAAGGGACGCCUGCAGUUGUCUGCCUAGAAACGCUCAUCCCACUGCUCUAUCGAUCAAGUUGCCUCAUGUUCAACCGAAGCCAUCUUGCGACAAUCAUGGAUUACUCCAAGAGUGACAAGGAUGGGUUUGCUGCUGUUGCCCACUUGGUACUAAACGACAUAUCACAGCGAAACCCAGACAUCUUCAAGGCACAUGCCGAGGACUUGCGACGUGAAAUCAUUGAGCACGUCCCAAGCGACAAGAAAAUCAAUGACCCAACGGUGGUUGAUAUUCUCAAGGCAUACUCCUCGUAUGCGAAGAAGUAUCCCAAGGACAUCAACUAUGACCGAAGUUUUACGCAAUCACUAAUGAGUUACGCCCAGUACGCGUCUCCACCCAGAGCUGCGAAAUAUGCCGUCAAUAUUCUCUUGGCCAAGGGUGACGACAAGAGCAAAGUAACAGCUACAAACUUGUUGAGGAAUAUCAUGAAGGGCCUGGAAUAUGGCUCAUCGCACUUCUUGGCCAGGCUAGCGUCCAUAUCGCAACUUGAACGGCUCGUACCGUCUGUAACGGCCGACUCGGACGAGGCUAUUCGUGACUUGACGAUCAAUCAGAUCCUCCGCCAAGUGCGGACAGAUGCCACAGAGAAGGAUCCAUCAUGGGUGGAUGAUGCGGACAUGAGCGAGGAGCUGCAAGCCAAAUGCCUCUCGCUCAGAAUUCUGGUAAACCAAGCUCUUGCGGCCGAAAGGGAGCCCGAUGCUGAAGACCGCGUCAAAGUUGUGUUCAAGCUGCUCAAAACGUUUGUGGUCACAGAGGGCGAGUUCUGCAAAACCAAAGACACCCCAUUGCACCACAAGAAGCGCCUUCGGCUACUAGCUGGACUGUUGAUGUUGAAACUCUGCACAGUCAAGGCGUACGAUGAGAAAUUGGAGCCUACAAGCUUUAACAAGAUGGCAGAGCUGGUACAGGACAGUGAACUCCAGGUUCGCAGACAUUUCAUGGAAAAGCUGCAAAACUACCUCACUCGCGAAAAGCUUAGGCCUAGAUUCCACACCAUCUUGUUCUUGGUCGCAUUCGAGCCCGCAUCAGAUCUCAAAAACCGAGUUGAGACAUGGAUACGAUCUAGAGCUCGAUAUUACGAGGAGAAGAAGCAAAGGGUAAUGGAAGCUCUCAUGGGCCGCUUAAUACCGUUGCUUGCGCACCACCCCGACUACAGCGCAGAGAUGGACGACUUGGUUGAUUUCGCAAGCUAUUUCUUGUUCUACCUCAACGCUAUUGCGACGGAGGACAAUAUUUCGUUGAUCUACAGAUACACGGAAAGGGUCAAGCAGGUACAGGACGGAAUCAACCCGAAAGCUAGCGAUAAUCUGUACGUGCUUAGUGAUCUCGCCUCAGCAGUGAUUCGCAAGUAUCAGGAGAGGAAGGGCUGGAUCUUCCAAGCGCAUCCUGACAAGGUUGGCGUUCCGUCAGGGUUGUAUACUGCUCUGCCAUCUGCUGAGGUGGCGCAGCAGAUUGCAAAGAAGUUGUAUAUUCCUGAUGAGAUUGACGAGAGGUUGGAUGAUUUGCUUCGUGCAAUGGAUCGCAAAAAGAAGCGCAAGUCUAUCCACGAGCACGGUGACCCACCAGCAAAGCGACCAAGGACUCAAGUCAAGACAGUCAUCAGGGAGAAAUCGAAAGCCAAUUCUUCCAAAAUAUCGUCAUCUAAGAAGAAGAGUGCCAAACCCAAGAAGGCACCCAAGCCCAAGAAGCAUAAGGAGGAGGAUGAAGUCGCCCCAUCCGAGCGCCGUCGCAGUGGUCGCGCCCACAAAGUAUCAGACUACAAGGAGCGGGCUGAUGAGGAUGAUGAGGAAGAAAUGCUAGAGGGAGUAGCGGAAUGGGACUAUGGCGAGGAGAACUCGGACGUAGAGGAGAGUGGAAGCGACGAGGGUUCAGAGCUGUCUGACGAUGAUGAUGAUGAUGCUGAGUCCGCUGAUGAAGAGGAAGAGGCAGAGGAAGAGGCAGAAGGUGAGGGCGAAGAGGAGCAUGAGGAGGAGGCACCGGCUAAGCGCAAAGGCUCCAAAGUCGCCUCCUCACCAAAGGGCAAAGCCUCGGCCUCUGUCAAAGCUAGCGUCCUGGCUAAGCUAGAUCGUACAUCAAGAGCAAGAGGUCGAGGCGGACGUGCGACUAGGGAUGAUUCCGACAUGGAAGUGGACGAAUGA